AUUUUAAUUGAUAUUUUUACUCGAUACAAGGAAAUCGAUUACGAGUUCAGUUUGUUUGUGAACGACGUGAUAAGAGAAUCGAUACUUCGUUAGAUCAGUCUGAGAAUUUCACGGAAUACUGAAUAGUAUCAACUGCAACAGAUAUUUAUCUAUAAAAAAUCAAUAUGAAUGAAGAUCUACCAUCAUCUAAUUUUAUUCCACCCCCUCCUUAUUACUUACAUGCACCACCACCACCACCACCACCACCACCACCACCACCACCACUACGACCGCAUAUAAUAGUCAGUUUUGGAAAAAAAUCACAGUUAACGGUAUGUACAUAUUGCGGUGCCAGAAUAUCUACUCGGGUGGAAACUGAAGCAAGCAUCAAGACGCAUUUAAUAGCAUUGUUUCUUUGCUUAAUAGGAGCUUGUUGCUGUGCACCCAUACCUUAUUGCAUAGAUUCUUGUCUAAUAAUAAAGCAUUACUGUCCAUUAUGUAAUUCUUUUCUAGGACAAGUAGACAAUUUACCUAACAUAUGAUUGAGAAUAAUUAGUCCAUCGAUAUAAUUUUAUGUACAAAAGAUAAUGAACUUUUUUAUGUAUUAAUAUUUAAUGUAUAAAAUCAAAAAUGAUUAAAGAUAAAAAUUUGUUAUAUCGAUAAAGAAUGAAUAAUU